AUGGAACUGGGGUGCCAGCCUUAUUUCUAUGUUGAAGUACUUAAUCAACCUUUAGGAACAAACCUCACAAUAUUUCCGAGCGGAUAUGUCAUUCUUGACAGUGGCCUCUUCGAGGUUUUCCGUGAUGAACAAGAUAUAGCAAUCAUGCUCAGUCACGCCCUUGGUCAUAUGUAUGCUAGACAUGAGCCAGAAGAGAUCAGCAAAAGGCUGGUUUCAUUCGUAGCUUUCCUUCCUGCUAUACCACUGGUGCUACGUUUACCAUUGUGGGCUUUGCGAUUAGUAAAGAUCGGACCAUGGACGAUAGCCGCGGUAUUUUAUAGUGCAGCAGUCAUUGGAUUGAGAAAGUGGAGCCUUGACGAGAUGAAAAGAUCUGAAAAAGAAGCUGUGUUCCUUGGUACUUAUCUGUUGAUGAACGCUGGCUACGAUACCAGACGUGUCGCUGGGUUCUGGCAGAGAGUAGCUAAAUACCGAGAGGAUAUGCUCUCAAGAAAUCUGAGUGAGGAAGAAAUGCACAUUGCGCUUAGGUCGUUCAGAUCACAUGGUCCUCUAGAAAAGCUGCAACCCAUCUACGAUCAACUUGCAGAAGCUUGUGAAAAGGACGGACACGUAUACGAUCAGAAAAUCUUUCGCAUGAAACACCCAGCAAUGAUAUGGCAGAAUCCAAAGUUCCGACACACUGACCAGGGCACAGUUGAGCAGAGGAACACGGCUUUGCAAAUUUUGAGCAAGGGACGGAGGUUUAGAAAUGAGUUCAGAAAGUAG